AUUGAAGACCACAUAGCCAUAAACAUGAAUAGUGGUGACUCUAUCUUGAUUGACUCUAUAAUUUUCAAUCAUACACUCUGUGAUGGAUGGACCAACAGCACCGAAGGUGCCAUCUACCAACUGGGUAACACCAUUCUUUUUUUGGGCUAUAUGGGUGGUAGUGGAGCAUAUGGAGCCCUGUACAUCUUCAGCUUUUGGGCUCCCGCUUUCCUCUGUCUGGCUCUGUGGGGCUGGUUGACAGUGUGUGGCCUUGAUGUUUUCCUCUGGAACCUGCUGCUGAUGCUGCAGUGUUUGGCCCAGGUGUGUCAUCAGAUUUUUCGGCUGAUGCAGGACGGUUUAACUAAUGAGGAGCUUUCUGCGCUUUACACAGCAGUCUACCUGCCUCUGGAUGUACCUGUGCAGGUGUUUAAAGAGAUUAUGGCUGCCAGCGAGAACAAAGUGCUGUCUCUAGCAGCUGAGGAGACGUAUGCUGUCGAGGGGAAGACACCCAUUGAUCAGCUGUCUUUUCUUCUUUCUGGAAGGAUUAGAGUGUCCUUAGAAGGACAGUUUCUCCAUUAUAUCUUCCCUCAUCAGUUUCUUGAUUCUCCAGAAUGGGAGUCUCUAAGACCUACAGAAGAGGGCAACUUCCAGGUGACACUGACUGCAGAGACGGACUGCCGUUACAUCUCUUGGCGCAGACGUCGGCUUUACCUUCUGCUGUCUAAGGAUUGUUACAUUGCCCGACUUUUCUCAGUCAUGCUUGGGAGUGACAUUGCUGACAAACUGUACUCGCUCAAUGACAAGCUGUUUGCCAAGAGUGGUGUGCGCCUUGAUAUCCGUCUGCCCAGUCUCUACCACGUCCUCGCCCCCUCGCCACAGGGCAGUGAGGGUGGCAGUGCUAGUUCACCACCCAGGGGGAGCCAAGGAGAUGCUACAGCCAUACCGAUUGAUCCAGCCCCGUCUAACCAGGGCUUAGAAGCAAGAAAUGUGCAUCCGGACCAGGGAAAGAGCCCUGUGCCUAAACCUCCAAACCGGCUCUGGCCCUCAGACACAGAGAUGCCCUCUGGUGAGGAUUCAACCAGCUUGGUUCUGGAGGACUUUGCUGAUAUGACAGGCUCUCUAAUGGACUAUGGGAGUGAGAGAGAUUAUUUGAAGUAAAGGUUGGGGUGUUGACGCUAACACACUGGGACACUUCUUAAAUCACAAUGUAAGUACAUAAGGAAGGAUUGAUGGGUGGGUCAAUAAAGAUGGGGCUGGUUUGCAUGAAGAGGCACAACUGCACUAACUGGACACUGAACUGCACAAACAAUGACUGAUUAAGAGAAUGCAGAGUGAUAAAUAUGCAUGAUGAA